GCUGCCCAGGAACGUCAUGAGCGUCCUACUGCCCAACAUGGCGGACUUUGACACCAUCUACGAGCUGGAGGAGGAAGACGAGCGCGUAGCGAGCGAAGAGCAGCACCUCGCCAGAUACUGGCCCGAGCCCGUGGCGAUGCGAGGGGCUGGGCACAUUACCGUGUUUGGACUGAGCAACAAAUUUGACACAGAAUUCCCAUCUGUUCUUACAGGAAAGGUCGCUCCAGAAGAGUUUAAGACUAGCAUUAGCCGGGUGAACGCUUGCCUGAAGAAGAACCUGCCCAUCAACGUGAAAUGGCUACUGUGCGGUUGCCUGUGCUGCUGCUGUACGGUGGGCUGCAGUCUGUGGCCUGUUAUAUGCCUCAACAAGAGGACACGAAGAUCCAUUCAGAAACUGUUAGAAUGGGAAAACAACCGAUUAUAUCACAAGCUGGGACUACACUGGAAACUCAGCAAAAGAAAAUGUGAGAGUAAUAACAUGAUGGAAUAUGUAAGUCUUUUGUCAAAGGAAGGCCUUUCAUGUCUUUUUUCAUGUAAUUUGUUGACUGUAGCUGAAAGGAGAUUGCAAAAGAUUUAAUGCGUUUCUCCAUUAGUCUGCAUUCUUGAAGCAGUGUGCAGCAGUGUCAGGUACUGCUAUACGUGGGCAUACCCAAAAGGCACCUGGAGCUUUCAUACAUGCAAUAUAAAUGAGGGUGUGGCGAUAACAAAUUGGCAUCCUCUAAGACAAUAGUAUUACUCAUCACAUAACGUUUUUGCACAGGGCAUGAAAUUAUUUAAGUGCACUUUGUGAGGUAAAGAAAAUGCUGUGUUCUACCACUACCAAUAUGUGACGUCAACUUCACGCAAUCCAGAAAACACUGCUCUUGGUCAUCCAGCAAUUAUCCAAAACAAGUUAGCAUGAAGCUAAAUAAAAAUGUUUUGUUAGUUUUGUAACUGUGUCUGUUUCCUUACUUCUACAGGUGAUUCUUAUAGAAUUCUUACCUAAAUAUCCUAUAUUCAGACCUGACUGAGUGGACUGCUCAGGGGAGGCAGCUCAUUGGCUCCUCACUCCUCCUCUCCCUAGUGCCUUGUAUAUAUGUUGGAUUGAGGGUCUUCACAGGUGUCUCUAUGUGAGCCCUUCUGCUCCCAGUACCUUGUACAGUAGAAUUCGCAACACUGUCACUUUGCUUUAGAGCAGGUUUUGCACAUUUCCUGAUGUAGUAGAAACGCUCCUGUGUUGCACUCAGUUUAUGUUACGUGGAAGAAAAAAAAAGUCCUACUCCAUUUAAAAGUGCAUUUACCCCAAAGAGCCAUCUGUCCCUCCCAGCUCACACAUGUGAUGAUGUUGGUAAAAACAAGGCACCUUAAGGUGUGCAUUUGCCUUAUGUUAAAAGUUGACUCCUUUUUUUUUUAAUUAGAGAUCUAUGUGUGGUCCAGAGAAAUGCAUAGAGAAAUUUGUAGACUCAGUAAACUGUGUGAAGGUCCUUUGCUGGUAAUGGAGUAGGUAAGAUGUUUAAAGAAGCUGAAAUAAUUGUCAACAUAAGGUUUCUCCCAAUACUUUACGAUUGUUCUCUAGGCAGGGGAAGUUAAAGAAUCUGACCAGUCAUCAUUUCUGGGAAAGCUGUACAGUGUGGUAUACCAUGUUUACACAAUGUAAUUUAGCUGGUGAUUAGUUUUCUGCCAAUAUAUUAUUGUAACAUAGAUUGUUUUUGAACUGCAUCUCUGUAAUUUUCCAGUUUAUAUGGACCCGUUUAUCUAGUAAGCCAUAAAAUGUAUGUACAACAUGCCAGUCAAGUUAGGGCUGAAAAUUGCACUUGAGCACACGAGGACGUCAGGCUUUUGGUUGAUUGUCCCUGAGUUCUUUAUUAUUGUUAUUUUUUUCUGCCUUUGUUGUUGUUUUUAUAUAUACGUUGUGUGUACUGUAAGGACAAAACUGAUGUGUUAAAGAUGAUUUUGCCAGUCAAGGUUUGUUAACAUUUGUGUCAUUCAUUUCCAAGUGAAAUUUUAAUCCCUGAACCUCCCCUUUUUUCUCAUUGCUACGUUUGUUUAGCUUCAUCAGAUUGCUGGUUUUAGGCAAAGUCCAUGGAUACUGUUUUUAUAGACAUGCCAGUGUUGAGCUCAAGGUUGUACCUUGGGGUGGAUUUCUACACCAGUUCAGUUCUUUUUCCGACUAUGUAGUCAGCCUGCUGUAUUAGAGUGCCUCUGGAACUGUGGAUCAUGUUUGAGAGAGCUGUGUUUGAAAACACAUGUACUUUGCCUAAUAUGGGGAGAAAAAAAGAUCUUCUCGGUAAUAGUCCCACUACAAAGUACCUGUAAAUGUCUGUCUUUACCUAAUCCUAUGGAAAGCAUAAAUACAUUUUAUGAUUGAUUGUUUUUCUGUAACUGUCUUCUUUUCAAAGUCAUUUCACAUGAGUCGUUAGCCACAUCUACAUUUCCUGCAUGUGUAAUCAUGAAGCUUUAUUUAAAAAGCACUCAUUCUUAUGGAAGUAACUGCAUAAUGUCUAAAUCUGUUGAAUCUAGAGCCUUUUGUUUAAUAAUCCUUGCAGGGAAUCAAUCAAUACAAACAGUUAUUCCUCCAAGA